AUGGGCAAGAGAAAGAGUGCUCGAGUAGCGUCCAAGACGACUCAUGCUGACGAAUCUACUCCCAAGGCAAGCCAAUUGAACAGAUCUACUCGGGAACACUCGGUUCCUGGCAAACAAACAAACGAUGAUGAUUCUAAAUAUGAAUUCAAUGCUCCAAAGUUUCAUGACUUUGCUAAUCCUGACAAGAGUGAUGAUGUCAAUGUAGACCAAUGGUUUGACGACAGAUUACCUACUCCAUACGUCCCAAAAGUAAAGGGCAAACAUAAUGAUGUUGCUGCCGCUGCUGAACACUCUGAUGUACUAGCAGCUCUUUCAGACGAUUUAACGAGACCUACACGGAAAUCGACUCGCUCAUCGGCGAAGGUUGCAGAAACUACUGAAAUGUUUCAACCUGUAAUCGCCAAACGACCCAAACAAGGGGCGCUUGAUGAUGUACAACCCAACAAGAAGACGACGACGAAAGAUGAUCAUGAAGAAGAAGAAGAAACGUUUACGGUGCAGACUGUAGUCGAUAAAGCCAAAGGAAAAGCAAGAACAGCAUCUGCCGAAACUAUUACUAAACGAACAACUGCCAAACCAACUCAACCAAACCUCCAUACUAUGAGUCUUCGAGCUCGGAUGCCACUUUUGAGUGCAGCUACCUCAAAGUCUGCCGUCAAGAAGCCUGCAGCACCUACAAAACGACCAGGAUUGACCAUUCCUGAGCCAUUCCAUUUCCAUGCUUCACUCAAAGAACAUGGUAAUGAUGUUAGUGCUACCAAGGUUCCCAAAUCACCUUUUGUACCUCUAGCUCAAAAGGUUAAGAAGUUUGAAGCAAAGACUCCUGACCGAUUCAAAGUCAAGCCAACUAAGAAGGCUGCAACAAAGUCACAUAGUCCAAAACUCACGCAUCCAAAGUCUCCACAUCUGAAGACCAAGUUACGUGCUAGGCCAAAAUAUAUUCCUUCGCGAGAUGAAUUGGAACAAGCAGCGCUGGCAGCUAUACCUGCCUUCAAGGCCAGACCUGUAGAUCCCAAAGUUGUGGCAGGCGCAUUUAAAGCUCCACCAGUCAAGAGGCAACAACUCACAAUUCCGAGAUCACCCGCUAUCACAAAACGUAAAGCCCCAGAACCAGAUGCUCCACUACCAUCACGAAUAGUCAAGGCCAAUCCAAUACCCGAUUUCAGUAAAGCAUUUGAACCUGUGCGAGAACAUCGAGUUAUAAUGCCAGCUGAUAAUUAUCAUUUGCCUGGUGAAGAAAUUAGUCAACGCAAAAGAGCUGAAUUUGAAACUAGUUUACGACAGCAACAGGAGGAAGAAGAACGACAACGUCAGUUUAUGGCACAGCCAUUGCCUGACGAAGUCAUGGGGGGCUCAUCACUGCAUCAUCACCCAGAAAGACCUCUAACGCAACCACAUCCAUUCCACUUCCACACGGAUGAACGAGGGGCACUUCAUCAACAAACCUUCCAAAACAUGAUACAAAAGGAAUCAGAAGAAAAAGAGAAUGCAUCAAGAUUUAAAGCUCAUCCAAUUCCAGACUUGUCGACGCAGUUUGUACCCAAGAAAUCAACCAAACCAUUAACAGAACCUGAAGAAGUUGAAUUGCAUACCAUGACGAGAGCUGAAGAACGUAAAGUGUUUGAGGAUGAGUUGAAGAAGAAGGAAGAGAUGGAGGAAAUUUUGAGGCGUGAAAUGGCUGAGAAAGAGCAGAGGGAAGAAGAACAACAAGUAAAAGAAGUACGACAGCAGCUGGUACAUCGUGCUCAACCUAUUAGGCACUAUACUGGUAUACAGAUUCGACCCUCUGACAAGAAGCUGACUGAACCUACAUCGCCUGCUAUCGGUGAGAAGCGCCGUGCUGCUCGUAGUGAAGGUAUAGCUGCUAGAAAGGGAAUGAUGAAGAGAUCUGCUAAAUGA